CGGCCACCCAGUGGCUCCGCCGCCACGAUGGAUCCACUGAAUCUGUCCUGGUACGAUGAUGACCUGGAGAGGCAGAACUGGAGCCGGCCCUUCAACGGGUCAGAGGGGAAGGCGGACAGGCCCCAUUACAACUACUACGCCACACUGCUCACCCUACUCAUCGUCAUCAUCGUCUUUGGCAAUGUGCUGGUGUGCAUGGCCGUGUCCCGCGAGAAGGCGCUGCAGACCACCACCAACUACCUGAUCGUCAGCCUCGCGGUAGCUGACCUCCUCGUAGCCACGCUGGUCAUGCCCUGGGUUGUGUACCUGGAGGUGGUGGGCGAGUGGAAAUUCAGCAGGAUUCACUGUGACAUCUUUGUCACUCUGGACGUCAUGAUGUGCACAGCAAGCAUCUUGAACCUGUGUGCCAUCAGCAUCGACAGGUACACAGCGGUGGCCAUGCCUAUGCUGUACAACACGCGCUACAGCUCCAAGCGCCGGGUCACGGUCAUGAUCGCCAUCGUCUGGGUCCUGUCCUUCACCAUCUCCUGCCCGCUCCUCUUCGGACUCAACAACACAGACCAGAACGAGUGCAUCAUCGCCAACCCGGCCUUCGUGGUCUACUCCUCCAUUGUCUCCUUCUACGUGCCCUUCAUCGUCACCCUGCUGGUCUACAUCAAGAUCUACAUCGUCCUCCGCCGACGCCGCAAGCGGGUCAACACCAAGCGCAGCAGCCGAGCUUUCCGGGCCAACCUAAGGGCCCCACUCAAGGGCAACUGUACUCACCCUGAGGAUAUGAAGCUCUACUCCGUUAUCAUGAAGUCUAAUGGGAGUUUCCCAGUGAACAGGCGGAGAGUGGAGGCUGCCCGGCGAGCCCAGGAGCUGGAGAUGGAGAUGCUCUCCAGCACCAGCCCCCCCGAGAGAACCCGGUACAGCCCCAUCCCGCCCAGCCACCACCAGCUGACUCUCCCCGACCCGUCCCACCAUGGUCUCCACAGCACUCCUGACAGCCCCGCCAAACCAGAGAAGAAUGGGCACGCCAAAGACCACCCCAAGAUUGCCAAGAUCUUUGAGAUCCAGACCAUGCCCAAUGGCAAAACCCGGACCUCGCUCAAGACCAUGAGCCGUAGGAAGCUCUCCCAGCAGAAGGAGAAGAAAGCCACUCAGAUGCUCGCCAUCGUUCUUGGCGUGUUCAUCAUCUGCUGGCUGCCCUUCUUCAUCACACACAUCCUGAACAUACACUGUGACUGCAACAUCCCGCCCGUCCUGUACAGCGCCUUCACGUGGCUGGGCUACGUCAACAGCGCCGUGAAUCCCAUCAUCUACACCACCUUCAACAUCGAGUUCCGCAAGGCCUUCCUGAAGAUCCUCCAUUGCUGACUGCCACCUGCCCGCAUAGCAGCCUGCUUCUCGUCUCCCUGCCCAGGCCGGCCGGCCUCACCCCUGUGAACCGUGGGCAGGAAGGCCUGGGGUGGAUCGGCCUCCUCCUCACCCAGGCGGGCCCUGCAGUGUUCACUUGGCUCCACGCCCCUCGCUACCUGCAUACCCUCACUCGGCCAGGGUAGUGCUAGGGAGCUGGGUGUGGUACCGGCCCUGGGGCUGAAUCCUCUGGCUCACAGCGUCCCCCUCCCACCUUCAGCCCUCCCCUUCCUCGGCACCAAAGAUGCAGCCACCUUCCUUGAUCUUCCUGGGGGUCAUGGGGCCGAGUGCUCUCUGUUUGGCGGGCUUAGAGCUGGCGGUGAGAAAGGAUGGACCAUUCACAGCCCAUAGGCCACGGGAGGGAAGCAAGCACUCUUGUCAAGGUCCCACAGCACUUCAGUCCUGGGAGACCCAUGUAUAUUCCAGACUGCAAGAUGGACCCCAGGGAUGCCCAGACCAAAAAUCUUGCUCCUUCCAGGCCCAACGGCAGCCUCCUUUUCCACGUCAGUGGGUCCUGAUCCACCUCACCCCUUUAUGGCUCCCCCUCCCUGCCUUUUCCACACACUCUGAAGGGGAAACCCUCAGUCUCGAAGGCCCCUGAGAGGGUCUGUGGCGAGAGGAACUCCUAGCCCCAGCCCGCCCGGCCGCCUUCUGCCAGCCCUCCGAUGUGUCCCUUCUCGUGGCAAAUGCCAGCAGCCUGGGAUCAGACAGGGAGGCCAGGCCUUGGAACCACGUCUGGCCUGGGCUGGAGGGGGCGUCUGAGGCUCCUGCCAUACUCUGAUGCGAAACCACUUCCCUUUUCUAUUCCUUUUUGGCCUCUUCUCUCUCCGGUCUCCCUUCCCUUCCACUGCCUCUGCCUUAGAGGAGCCCAUGGCUAAGAGGCUGCUGAAUACCAUUUGGCCCGGCCUGGCCUGGCCCUGCCCUGAGGGAGGAGGGGAAGCUGCAGCUUGGGGGAGCCCCCAGGCCCCAGACUCUGUAACAUCACUAUCCAUGCACCAAACUAAUAAAACUUUGACAAGAGUUGCUCUCAAGGGCCCUUGG